UAAGAGAUAAUCCACCAAAAUGGUUUUGUAAAAAUAAGAAAUUAGUUUAUGAAUUAGCUACACCCAAAAAAUCCGAUUCAUUUCAUGGUAAAUUAGAAUAUACGAGGUGGGAAGAAUUUCCUUUACCAAGUUCAUUUAAAAGCGAGGAAGAAAUUGAAUUGGAAAUUGAAGUUAGCAAUGAUGUAUUUGAUUAUUCACCACCCGAAGAUGAUAAUACAGUAGUUUGGUAUGUGAAUUUUGCGGAUAGUGAUGUGUUCGGAUAUUAUGGAACGAAUUUAUUUGCGCAAGAUGAGAGCCAAUGUUUAGAGCAUCCCGCAUUAUGUUCACUACGAGUUUGCCUUGCAAAGAAUAAAGAUCAACAAGCGCAUUUUACAACCGCGUAUCCAAAUCUUACCAAACAUUCAUCCAGUGAUAUCUCAACCGUAGCAACCCCAAUAUUAGUUAGAGGGGUAGAAAGGAAAGUGAAAAUAAUGACAAAUUCUGAUGCACGAAACGAACGUCCAUAUGGAUUAUACGGACAUCAUUUUUCACAAGCGUCACCUAAUGCAAUUAAAUUAGCUACCACAAUAUUUGAUGAAAGGAUUGAUCAAAGAACAGGACGUCCUUAUUAUUCUAAUAUUAUCGCAAUCGAAGCUCCAAAAUAUGGUCGAGGUAGUUAUACCAUCGAGAAUAUUAAAAAAAUAUUAGUUGCUGCUUAUUCGGGUUUUCUUGCCGCUAAAUUUGAAAGCUUGGUUGAGAACGGAAUUCUUGAAAGAAUUCAUGAAGAAGAUCAAGGAGGGCAUACUAAUAUUAAACUUAAAGAUGAUGAAAGUACACAAAAACCUAGAGUGAUUAUCCACACUGGAAAUUGGGGAUGUGGCGCUUAUGGUGGUAACGUUUCAAUCAUGUCUUGUUUACAAAUUGCGGCUGCUCAUUUAGCUGGCAUUGAUAAAAUUAUUUAUCAUACCGUGGGUAAAGAGGAAGAAUUUGAUAUUGGUUUACAAAUUUAUAAAGAAUUGAUUGAUGAUGUAAAAGAUGUAAACGUUGUCGAUUUUAUUGAAAAUGUUGAAAUGGAAAAACUUCAAUGGGGUUUCAGUAAUGGAACCUAA